UACGCCUGCGGGUACGCUACUCUAGUUACAAGAGUACUGUGCAAUCAGUUACGAUGAUAAUAUAUUUACUUAUAUGUUUAUCAUUAAUAAAAUUUAAUUUAGCAGAAAAUAUUUACGAAUAUAAAUCGUACAAGGAUUAUAAGUUAUACGAAGUGGAAGGCAGUAACGAUAUUUUAGACAGUUUAUUGCAAAAACUGAAAAAUUUCGUAGAAUUACCUUAUUAUGAAACAAGGGAUUCGAAACUGGAAGUACUGAUCGCACCUGAUAUAAAUUCAUUAUUCGAGCAAAUCAUCUCUUUGUACGAUCUAAAAACUAAGGUAGUAGUUGAAGAUUAUUCUGAACUAAUUCGCUUAGAAAAAUCAGGUUACAGGAAAAAUUCCGCAUUCUCGUGGACUGCUUAUUACGAUGUCGAUGAUAUAUAUGAAUACCUUGGAAAUGUAAGUAAAGAAUAUUCAAAUUGGACACAAUUAGUGGUCGGUGGUGAGAGUUACGAGGGCAGACAAAUAGUUGGGUUACGAAUUAACACACCCACUGAAAAGGAUGAACCGAAAAAAAUUGUAUUUAUUGAAUCAGGAAUACAUGCAAGAGAAUGGAUAACUCCAGCCACAACCACAUAUUUUAUAAAUCAGCUUCUGACGAGCACCGAUCCUAAAAUUACGGCUAUGAGAAAUCAGUUUGAAUGGCAAAUAUUCCCUACCGUCAAUCCUGAUGGGUAUCAUUAUAGUUUUACAUGGGAUCGUAUGUGGAGGAAGACUCGUUCAAAGUCCACAUUCUUCUGCUACGGUGCAGAUCCCAAUCGUAAUUGGGAUUACAAUUGGUUAAAAAAUGGCGCAACCAGUAAUCCUUGCAACUACCAAACCUACGGUGGAUCAGAACCAUUCUCAGAGAAGGAAACCAGGACUUUAUCUGAAUAUAUUCAGGAUUUGGACAAUCUACUGGCUUAUGUCGCGUUCCACGCUGACGCCCAAAUGCUGCUGGUUCCGUACUCCGAUUCAGUGGAACAUAUCGAUAAUUAUGAUGAUUUGGUAAAAAUCGGCAAAACCUCUUUAGAAUAUGGUUACAAGGUUAACGGGGAGAAAUAUGAUGGGCCCGCAACGGCAGCUGAAAUUCUUUAUAAAGCCUCAGGAGGGAGUAUGGAUUGGGUACGACAUGCUACUGGUACGCCCCUUGUGUACACAUACGAGCUACGAGGCAAGAGUUUUCACUGGCCCCCAGAUAGGAUUUAUGAGCAAGGCGAUGAAGUCACACAGAUGAUGUUAGGUCUAUUUACUGAGGCGUGCAAUCUGAAUUAUUGUUAAAAUAAAUUUUUAAAGUAGGUACAUGCUUAUUAUAGUUAUAUUGUACUAGUUGUAUCCCGCAGCUUUGUUCUCUUCUAUUAGAAUAAAAGUAUUUAUUGUGCAUAUGGUCAAUCAAUUUUAUUUCUAAUUAUUUUAUUUAUUGACCAUUUAAUUGUGUAAUAAAUGCUUAAAAUAAUAACAUUAGUUAGUAUAACUAUCUUUUAAUUUUUAUUUUCAUAGUAAAUGGGAUGAAAUAGU